AUGCGAAAGUUAGAAGACAUAACAGUUCCAGUGUUACGUCAUGGUCCAUUGCCAACUACCACUUUCAGUUUUGAUCCCGAUCCAAACGACGAAGACAUCGAAAAAGCCCUCAAAGAACAAUCUCAAAGAAAUGAUUCACCACUUACGGGUAUUUUUAUAACAGCAGCGUGUGGCUCAAUAUUAUUCAUUGGUGUUUUGGCAUUUUCGAUAUAUGCAACGCGUGAGAGAACACUACAAAUUGAGAAAGAUGUAUAUGAAUUGCCCAUACAAACAUCGAUUACAAAUAGUAGUAUCAGUAGUACUAGUGGAGAAUCAACAACAAGUCCCAAUGUUGUAUUAUAG